AUGUGGAAACGAUUACAGGGUCAUGUUCGAGAAAAGGAGAGGAAUGCGCAAAUCGGCAAUCCGGUUCUUCUUGAAACAACCUAUGACGAGAAUCAAUUACGGCAAAAUCCCAAUGUGAAUGAUGCUCAAGUAGCCAAUUACCAGAACAAUGCGCCUGCGCCGCUGCCAUCACACCUUUCACCAGUCGGCCCUCCAAACUACAGAGCUUCCGAAGUUCCAAGUGUCACUUCGGCCUACUCUCGACCUUCAUACGACCUGAGUUACUACUACGAAAAUCACCCAACUACUUCGCCCUACGACAUCUCCCCGCCCAGUUCACCAGAACCAGAUCGCCAACUCUCCUCAAAUACCGAUCAACCGAAAAGGUUCCGCUCCAUGCGCGACGUAUCACCCAUGGACGAGAAUCGAAAAAAGUGGGAGACUGGAUCGCGACCAAUCAGCAACAUUCCCGUUCUACGAAGAGCACCACCUGUCCUUCAGACUGGCGAACCCCACGCCGUACCCAAGCACAAGUUUUGGGAGGGAAAGCUUGCGCCGAAUAGUAAAGUGAAAUGGGAUGACUACUCAGGCGAGCCGAGUAGCGUAGGAAAAGCGGCCUCGGUGAGCCCAGGAUCGUAUGCAAAAGCUGUACCUUCGGAAAAUAAACCCAUGGGAUAUUCUGCGACGAUUUCAGGACCCGAAAAGAAGACUGCAUCAUUGACUGAGCGCAUAGGACUCUUUGGGUCCAAGCCAGCACCUGUUGAACCAUGGAGUCGAGCAACAGGCCGGUCUGAGAUUGCGCCAGCAUUGAAAGACGACCCAGCCGCUAAACCACUCCAAUUACCACGCAAAGCAAUCUCAUCAGCAGAACCGCGCACGGACAUGGCGGCGUCAAGCGCGCGUGCGCCUGCUUGUAGAAGAGACCUUCAGGCCGCUGUAACGCAAUUUGUAACAGCCGAGACACUCGACUUCGAUAUGCAUAACGACCCCAUCAAGCCGGUUGUGCCCCUCAAAGUAGGCAAAAAAGGAUCUCCGGGAAGUGGAUAUACGUCUCCAACCUCCCCCACAAACCAAGGCCUUGGAAUUCAUCCAUUUGUACAUGCUAGUUCGCCUACGCACACAAGGCGGCGAUCAGAUUCGCCAGAUACAGUAGUGAGCGUAUCGAGAGAGGCAGCACUACCUCCGACGCAGAGAACUGCCACGCCACCAUACACCACAACAGAAAGGAACAACAACAAAGAGACACCAGAGUCGAGCAGAGAGAUUUCAGCAAGUCGCUUUCCCUGGACGACCUACAACAGCGGAACAACAUACCAACAUUCCCCUCCCCCGUCACCACCCCCACCCCUCCCAUCCUCGACGCCUCUUCCGAGGCAGCGCGUAGUCACAGAGCCCAUCACCGCCGCUUCCUCGAUUCUCAGCCGCCGCCGUCCCAUCCCACAAGCAGACCGCAUCGUCUCCCACCCCACCACAGCCACCACCCCACUGCGCAACCCCUCCCCACCACCCACCAUGCCCGGCACCGCCAAAAUCCACUCCCCAACCCCCAUCUCCCCCCCCUCCCCAUCCACCCGCUCCACCCUCUCCACCACCACAACCACCAAAGCCCUACCCCAACCCCCAACCCACAUCUCCGCCUCCGACCACAUCGGCCUCCUCGAAUCCCAACUCGAAGACCUCCGCAUCCGCCGCACAAACGUCUACCGCCUCCUCACCGACCUCAACAAGGCUGCCCCGCCCAACCCCCUUGUCACGGAUUUCAAGCGCGCCCGCCUUGUCGAGGCGAGGAAACGCGGGUUUGAGGACGAGUUGAGCGAGAUCAAGCGCGAGGAACAUGAUGUGGGACUUAAAUUGCAUCGGGCGUGGAAGAAGCGUGAACGUGAGGAUCCGGGGGCUGGGAAUGUGUUGUGGGUUCGUAGGGUUACUGGUUAG